GCGUUAUUUCUAGAUGCCAUUAGUGCGAUUAAAUAACUUACAAUGUUUUUAUUCAGUAAAAUAAAAAACGCGUCAAGUUAACUUAAUAAUAAUACUCAUAGCACAACUGAAAUUAUAGUCGAACAGAAAACUAGAAAACAAUGACAAUUAAAACCAAAUAUAAACUACAAAAUUAAAAAUACUCGAGUGGUUUUAAUUUUGUUCAAUCAAAUUGUAGUCCAAUAGAAACAUGGGUUGGAAUAUUUAUAAAUUAUUCAGUUGUUGCGUCAAUUCCGAAGAAUCUACUAGAAUAGACGUUGCAAUAGUCCGUGAGCAACAGGCGGCAGCUGCAGAGAAGCGUUUAAAAGAACAAGAGAGCCGAGGUGUCAAAAAUCCUGAACGCGUAAAACGUAUUCAACGUGAACUUAAAAAACGCGAUGAAGAUGCUGCUAAAGCAGCAGCAACUUCUGGAUCGGGUCUAAAGUGGCAAGUUACGUAAUUAUUCAGUAUACAUUUUCCUAUUGCAAGAAAUAUAUUAAAUUUGUAUUUUAUUUUAAUGUUAUAAAAUGUAUUAUAUUUAUACUCAUAAUUGUUAUUAAUCAUAUAAAUACACUUUCAUAUUUAUUUUAUUGUGAGCUUUGUUAUUUAUAUAUAUAUAUUAUUAUUAUAUUUAAUACUUAUUUAAACAAGUGGUUCUUAAGAACCAUAAAUUGGUAAAUUGUAUAUUUUUGCUUAUAUGUUUUAUGUUGCAUAAUCUAAGGU